ACCCCGCUGUCCCCAUGGCGUCCCUAUGGGCCGUGCUGGCGCUGCUGGCGCUGAGUUCGGCUCAGGAUUCGCUGCUCAACAUCUGCAUGGACGCCCAGCAUCACAAAUCCAAGCCGGGACCCGAAGGACAGCUCUAUGGGCAGUGCGUGCUAUGGAAGGACAACGCGUGCUGCACUGCCAACACGAGCAUAGAGGCGCACCGGGACCAAUCCUACCUGUAUGGCUUCAACUGGGACCACUGCGGGGCCAUGGCGCAGCGCUGCAAGAGGCACUUCAUCCAGGACACGUGUCUGUAUGAGUGCUCACCCAACCUGGGGCCGUGGAUAGACCAGACGGACUCGAGUUGGCGCCGGCAGCGCAUCCUCAACGUCCCGCUGUGCCGCGAGGACUGCGAGCAGUGGUGGGAGGACUGCCGGGACGCCUCCACCUGCAAAGUCAACUGGCACAAGGGCUGGAAUUGGAGCACAGGCACCAACCAAUGCCCGCGCGGCGCCAUGUGCCAGAAGUUCAAGUACGUCUUCCCCACGCCGGCCGACCUCUGCGAGAAGCUUUGGUCCCAUUCCUACAGAUACACCACGGAGCGCCGGGGGGGCGGGCGGUGCAUCCAGAUGUGGUUCGACCCCAUAGAGGGGAACCCCAACGUGGCCGUGGCGCAGUACUACGCCCGCGGCUCCGCUGCAGACCCCCCCCGCAGCCCCGCGCCCCUCGCCCUGCUGGCCCUGCUGGGGUCGGCCCUCCUGGGGGCGGCGCCGUGGGGCUGAGGGGUGGGGGGUCCCGGUGUGGUUGGAUGGGGAAUAAAGGUCGGGGCUGUAA